AUGUCCUAUCGAAAAGAUCUAAGAAAGGAGGCGUCAGAUGUACAGGAAAAUUUUGCUUUGAUGAAACCACUCGUAGCCGAUAGGAUGGGUGUUCUAAAGAAACGCCUGCUAGCCGCCGUAAACGCUGUACGCAGCUUACCGGAGGUAGACCAGGACAGGAUUGGAGCCAUAGGAUACUGCUUUGGAGGCCUUUGUGCCUUGGAUCUUGCCCGACACAAUUUUGGUCUGAAAGCAGCAGUCUCAUUCCAUGGAACUCUCACACCGAUUCCGGACGCUGAGCUCGUUCCUAUGACCGCAUCAAUCCAAGUACACCACGGAGAUGCCGACAGUCACAUACCGGCCGCUGCGGUUAACGACUUCAUGCAAGAAAUGAGGACGAGAAAAGCCGACUGGUCACUGACAUCCCAUGGAAACGCCGAGCACGGCUUCACUGAACCUCAUAUUUCAAUUGCCUCUGUGCAAAAGCAUAACCAGGCGCACGCAUCGCAGACAGCAUGCACGUCCACG